UUCAGAACCCUUAACUUGAUCAGCUGUUAAUACUAUGAUUGAUAAAUCUUUCAGUAUUUCCUAGAGAUGAUGAAGGUUCCACGAGUAGAAUCAAAAUUACGAGUAUUUGCAUUUAGAAUCACCUUUUCUUCUCAGGAGGAUGACUUAAGAUCUAACUUGAGCAUCAUUAAUCAUGCAACUACAGAGGUAUUAGAAUCUGUGAAAUUGCGUCAGAUAAUGCAGACAAUUCUCACAUUGGGAAAUGCUUUGAAUCACGGCACUGCACGAGGAUCUGCAGUGGGAUUCAAAUUGGAUAGUCUCCUUAAAUUAUCUGGUACACGUGCAAGGAACAACAAGAUGACUUUAAUGCAUUAUCUAUGCAAGCUUCUAUCAGAGAAAAUGCCAGAGUUGCUGGAUUUCGAUAAAGAUCUUGUUCAUUUAGAAGCUGCUUCUAAGAUUCAAUUGAAAAACCUUGCUGAAGGAAUGCAAGCUGUGAGUAAGGGUCUUGAAAAGGUUGAGCAAGAACUCACUGCUUCAGAUAAUGAUGGUGAUAUCUCUUUGGGCUUUUAGAAGGU